GACUUCCAUCUCAACUUCGACCUCAACACUCCUCUCCACCACCACAGGCUGCCGGGCGGACUUGGACAGCGUCUUUGUGCCAAAAGGACUCGGAUGGAGACGGGAUGAGCAAUGGGUACGAGUUAGGCGAUCCGUGUUGCGUGUGGACCUCAGUUAAGGCGUCCACUAAGGGUCCAUCUCCAGCGCUUCUAAUCUAAAUCUGUAAAAAAUCUACAUCAAGCUAAAUCUAGAUCUAAAUCUAGGUCCAAAUUUAGAUCUAAAUCGACCUAAAUCUAGAUCUAAAUCUAGAUCUAAAUCUAGAUCUAAAUCUAGAUCUAAAUCAAGCUAAAUCUAAAUCUUCCCUUAAUCAUCUUCUGAGGAUGUCGGGGUGGGCGUCGGGGUGGAUUAGGGUGAGCUCUAACUCAGGAUCUAGCAGCUGGAACGGAAAGCGAACGACUGGGCUGACUUCUCCUGGACUAGCGAACAGUGGAAGUGACGUUACCACAGUGCACUCUUGCCCUGGUGGAGGCGGUGGAGGAGCCGCAACAACCACUACUCCGACUGUUACGUAAAAAACUAAUUGUCAGACAACAAGAUUUUCUAUUACAAUCUCCGACUUUUGUCACACAAUGUCUCUCAGUCCUCUAAUCUCUGCGCGCAAAGCACAGCGGCACCUCCGUCAGGUGGGGGCAUGGGAGCGGCAUCCGUUUCCGCGUCGACACGAUCCGGACCAGUUUUUGUGCUGUGGAAUUUACUCCUCUUCACUCUGGUUGUGAAGAUUUCUGAUCGGUUGUACUAGGUAGAAGACUGACGACGGACACUGUUUUUCGAGAUUUUAUAUCUUCGAGAUAUUGAUAUAAUGCCAUUUUUGAUAGAGAAGAUUUUUAUGUAUUGUAAGAACCGCAGUGCAGUUCAGUUGUUCCUGUUACAUGCGAUUUUUGAUAGUAAGAACCGCAUUGCAGUUCAGUUCUUGUUCCUGUUUGUUACAACAUGUGGACAUGCGUAUUAUUUCUAUCGGAAGAAAAGAAAGCACUCUCACUUGUGAAGAUUUUUGAGAGUGCAGUUCUAAGUCGACUGUGUAGGAGGAAUCACUCCUCAAAUAGUUCCUUCUUGUAUCAUAUCCAAUGGAGGACAACUAGUACAUUUCUGUUAACAACAUUAGAAAAAGGUAGAGUCAUUAAUUGCUUGUGAAAUGUCAUGGACACAGCGGUCUUGGCAAUAUCGUCGAAUGUUAUUUUUAAGGACAAGCUGUCUUGAAGAUGGUGUCGUGGCGUAGUUCAUCGGCACUCGUCACAACAUUGGAUAGCCUUGCUCUUUGGUAGUGAAGCCCACUAUUUUUGAUUUUUGACGAGGCAAAAGUACUACAGAAGAUAUAGUACUAAAGAUGCUCCAAACACAAUUGAAAC